AUGAAAUGGUGGUUGUUGCUGCUAUUUCCUGCGCGGGCUGCAGCGUGGUACUGGUCGAUUGGCGAUGGGAAUAUGAUGGCCGUCAUCAUGAUGGCAAGCCUGGGCCCGAUCCUAAUUAUCACUGCAGUCCUCUUCCUCUGCUAUUUUGCAUGCGCGAAAACAUGGUGUGAGUAUUGUGCCAGCGAGGGCAAAGUGGAUGACAGUAACUAUCACGAUUGGGCAAAUGGGCGAUGGGCGAGGCGGCAGUUGGGAAGAGAAGCUCCAGUCCCAAAUUUGGGCGUCCCGGUUCGACCGAAGCUACUACCGCCAGCUUAUACUGAAUCGACACAGCGUCCUCAAUCACCUGGAAAACGUCACCGUAUAACACCUACGCGGUUGCUGCUGAUCAUCAGACUAGUGUGCCAGCUUUCCGAACAAUCU